CGCAGAGACGAAACAUCAUCCAUUAUAGCUCUGCUGCUCCUUCUCUAAUACCUUUGGAGGAUCGCUAUCAUGUCGAUGGCUCAGUGGCAGCUGAUUUGCUUAGUUAUAGCAGCAACUUGUGUAGUCUCAACGGCAUCAGAUGCACCUGGAGUGCAAACGGAUCAAUCGGCACCAAGCACAGAGGGGGCAGCUACUCCUCCUAUAGGAGAUGAGAUUGUCAGACACAUUGCAGUGAUGGCAGAGGCACCGGCAGCAGCUCGGAGGCUUGGUCAUCAUCAUGAGAGCAGUUCAUCUGCUGCUGGUGGUGGUGUUAUUCUUGGUGGGCUUGGUACUGCUAUGAUUAUUGCAGUUGUUUGUUAUGUUCGGGUCACUAGAAGGGAGAGUCCUGAAGAAAAUGUAUAGACUACGGCAUAUUAUAGGAUUCACAAUAGUUCUGUAACAUUAUAGAAAUUGAAGAAACUGUAUAUUGAUUUAAAUAGAUCACUCUUUCUUUCAGAAAUAGAAGAAACUGAUAUUGUAUUGUAUCAUUGAUUUAAAUGAAUAUCUGUUUGGCA